AUGAAUCCCAUGCAUGAGAUUCGUAUGUCAGCAUCACCUGGAAGAGCACCGGAGGUUAUACAUCAGCACGAAGUAGGAAGUCCGGUCCGAAGCGUACGUCCAGAGUUCCUACUCGAAUCGAUCAACAGUCAGGCAGAGUUCGGUGCCAGAAACUUCUUGGACAAUCCAACACCAGAGGAAGAAACACAUCUCCCCGAUAUUCCUGAACCGCAUUCUCUGCCUCAAGCCACUAGAAGUAAUGAUCAGAGACCUCUCUCCAAACAAAGACGAUCAGGCCACUACCUGGGCGGUACUACAGAGCAGUUUCAGUCAAACUGCGUUCCUGAACGAAGAGUGCCUAGUCCACCAUCACCUUGUUCUCCAGUUGAGCCCACAGACUUUGAGAAAUAUCAGCAGUUGACGCGUGAGGCAUGCAAGAGCGGUUUUGAUAGCGAGGAAGACUCUUACAUCGGAUCGGUCGAGGAGUUGACGCCUGUCCGGCCAGUAAGGAGAAGCAACAUGCUAGUCGACGGACUCUUCCACCAAAACUCACCACACGUCUUGGAAGAAGAGAGUCCAAUACUACCAAAGAGUCAAGAUCUGGCUGUGGCUCGUCAGAUCAAAGAAGUGCAUCACCUCACGAUGCAGGCUUUGACCGGCAUCAGUGGUUCUUCAAACCCUCCACCAACGCCGCCACCGAUACCUACUCGAGACUCGCGAUAUCAAGAGUGGCGCAACUCCCGGUAUCGCUCGGUCUCGGCGCCUGCUAAGAAGGUUACUAUGGCGCCGCCACCUAUCGAUACAUCAAAGAUCACCAUGCAGCAACCACAUAUCAAAACACCGUACCCGUUUCGUGCCAUCCAUCGCAAAGAAUUCGGCCGUCAAUUCUCAGCAUCCGAGCCGACGCUGCGUAGUCCUCGUGUGCACGAUAGUGUAGUGACCUUGGGCAUCCGUCGCAGCAACCCCAACAGUCGACUACGAAUCUCUACUCUCACUAUUCCAGCAAAUAGCGAGUUUAGCGCCGUGAAGAAUCGACGUCGAAGCUCUGAUCGAACGAAAGAAUACGCUCUCCAAGACUUCGAUGAUGCAGAAUUGUUUCGUCAAUUGCGAAGGCACUACAAGGAUCUUCUGGGACCGUGGCGCCACUUCUCGGCUCGAAGUCUUACCAUGAUCUGUGUAAGUGGUGACGCCAGUAAACAAGCAGAUUCAGGCUAUGGCUGGCUCUUGACGCCACGCUCACCACGUACGCUCGCCUACAACGGUCUCAACGACACUUUCAGCGAAGAAAAGCUAUUACGGUUCUUUCACGAUCCGAAAGCGGCGGGGAAAAGCAGAUAUGCCUGGGUGAGCUGGGCGCACAGAUUGGCAGAUGCACCGGCAAUAACGACACCACUGCCACCUGCUUCUGGGCCUCCGUCUGCUGCACCGGAAGCUGUGCGAACACCUGUUUCUCCUGCGACGACGUCAACGGUGAAUAAUCGCUUCUCAAUGAUCAGACGAUUGGAACAGCAUGAAGGGCUUGAGUUUGUGGUUUCGUGGUCGGUGAGGAGGAUAUUACUCGCUUUACUUCUUGUCCUCGUGCUCAGUCUUGCAGCAACAUUGAUUUGGAUCUUCUUGGGCAAGAACUCGCAUUCUCCGGGUCAAGGAGCUGGGUUUAUGGGUGCUGGGGAUAGAGUAGUCGCUGGAGUCGUCAUGGGUAUUUGCGUCUUGUUAAUUGGUAUCGCGGGCAUAGGAGGUUGGAUUGGUGUCAGUUGGCUGGUGUUAUAG